GCGUGCUCAUAAGAAUUGCCCUGCCGGGUGGGGAAUCCUGCGAAAGUCGAGAAGUACGGCAAUUGGUCCGCUAAAUACAGUAUCUCUCUAUAUUCUGCCGGAAAAUCUGGUGUGAAGGUGAAGAGAAGCAUCUGGGAGGCAUCGAUUUAUAACUUCUGAUCACGACCCGGUUCUUGGAAAAACGGGUGCCUGCCUGCCUGUAAAACCUUAAAUGAACAGCUCCAACUCAAUAGUCAAGUUCAACUUUUGCCAUGGGAACGUAGCCAAGUCAAACGGAGGAUAGCGCAUCCUUCUCCGAAUAAAAUAUCACUGACGGGGCGAUUUCAAGCCAACGACUUGUGAGAUAUGUUGACAGACGUGGAAAACAACUGUUGAGGGGAAGCCGAGAAUGAGGAUGUAUUUUCCUAACGUGGACUACAGGCAUUUUGGUAUAGUUUGCUUGCAUCAUAGGCAUAUGUUGCAGUGCGCUAGAGGAGAGAGGAAGGUUAAUUCGGGGUGCUGGCGCAAUUGAUGUCCAAGUGCCUCUAUAGGAACCACCUGUAACUUUUACAAAAUGGAAAACUGUCGUUUUUAUCGAUGUGAAACAAACGUUUUAGAAGAGCAUGAUAACUUUUUAGGGGGCUAACAAUAAGUUGGAAUUUAGCCUAAAAUAUGAACUAUUUCUGAUAUUAAACGUUUGCAUCAUUUAUGAAAGUCAAUCUAGAGAAAACAAAUCUAGCUCAUCCAAAGAGAGCUACUAAGUUUAUUUUAUAUAAGAUUUUUCCCUCCCUGGGUUGAAGAAAUCGCGUUGGCUCAUAUGGGACUGAGGCACUCGCGUUGCCUGCUCCUACGGAGAAAAAUGGCGGAGCCGGACAAUUCUGAGCGGCAGCGUACCAUCACUACCCCCCAGUCGCAGUCCUUUCAGCCUGCCUCCUUGCCAAAACCUGUGCCUACUGUCCACCAUGUGCCACACCCUCCACAUACGCCCCAUGUAGCGGCCCUGCCCACCUGCCCCAGGCGCGGCAAGAUGGCAAAGCUGCUCAACCCAGAGGAAAUGACAUCGCAGGACUACUACUUUGACUCCUACGCCCACUUUGGCAUCCAUGAGGAGAUGCUGAAGGAUGAAGUACGGACCCUGACCUAUAGGAAUGCCAUGUACCACAACAAGCACAUGUUCAAGGACAAGAUAGUUCUGGACGUGGGCAGUGGGACAGGCAUUCUGUCCAUGUUCGCUGCCAACGCGGGCGCCAGGCACGUGUACGGGAUUGAGUGUUCAAGUAUAUCAGAGUAUUCUGAGAAAAUCAUCAAGUCCAACCACCUACACAAUGUCAUCACCAUCUUCAAUGGGAAGGUGGAGGAGGUGGAGCUGCCAGUGGAGAAAGUAGACAUUAUCAUCUCAGAGUGGAUGGGCUACUGUCUCUUCUACGAGUCUAUGCUCAAUACGGUCAUCUUCGCCAGGGACAAAUGGCUAAAGCCUGGAGGGCUGAUGUUUCCUGACAGGGCUGCCCUGUAUGUGGUGGCCAUCGAGGACAGGCAGUACAAGGACUUCAAGAUACACUGGUGGGAGAACGUGUACGGUUUUGACAUGACCUGCAUCCGUAAUGUGGCCAUGAGAGAGCCCCUGGUGGACGUGGUGGACCCCAAACAGGUGGUGACCAACUCCUGCCUAGUCAAGGAAGUGGACAUCUACACGGUGAAGCCUGAGGACCUGUCUUUCACCACGGCCUUCUGCCUGCAGAUCCAGAGGAACGACUAUGUCCACGCCAUGGUCACCUACUUCAACAUCGAGUUCACCAAGUGUCAUAAGAAGACUGGCUUCUCUACCGCUCCUGAUGCCGCAAGUACCCACUGGAAGCAGACAGUGUUUUACCUGGAGGACUACCUGACUGUGAAGAAGGGAGAGGAGAUACUGGGCAGCAUCGCAGUCAAGCCUAACGAAAAGAAUGUGCGGGACCUGGAGUUCACCUUUGAGUUGGACUUUAAAGGACAGCUGUGCAAUGCGGCCAUUUCCCACGACUACAAGAUGCGCUAGCUGACCAGCAAAGGGCGAUAUCACCCUCCUCAGCCCCCUAUUGGACACAUCUUGAGAGGAAGGGCACAGGCUCUCCAACAGGCCCUCUUAUUGGUCCUAGGGGGACACGAUACGCAUCUGAUUGGAUGACAGCGUUCCAGCACCUAUGUGAUGUCAUAAAAACAAGCCAUUUCGAAGCAAUAGCGCCAUCACCUGCCACAUUUUUAAAAGCUGCCCUGAGAAUGUAAUAUCCCUGAUGAACUUGAUUAGUUAUUUUAUUCAGGUUGAGUUUCAGUGUUAUUAGUACUAGAUCUGAAGGAGUUAUAGGUAUUUUAGAUGCCAGUCCAGAGGUACUUUAAGGACAAACUCUGAGCAUGUCUUUUAUCAAGGAAAACAGACAGACUACACCUCUGUUUCACCGAUGUCUUUCAAAGUUCAACGAAUGCAGAACCUAAGAGUUUAACAGGAAAGUCAUUCAGUGUUUGUUCAAGUUAGGUAUAUUUUGUUGGUAUUCCGUACUGGUAAGUUAUUUGCAUGUUUAGCUUUUUGUUCUUGGUUGAUUUCAGGCAUCAUGGUUUGAUCAUUUGAGAUAUUCACAAUUGCUAAUGGAACAUGUUUAAUGAUAGAAACCUGGGAGAAAUGUCUUGUCUUCCAUCUCCAGUUGGAACAUUUAUUUUACCAUUUUGAUUUUGGGGUGUGGUGUAGGAGUGAUGAACAAAUAAAGAACAAUUAGAA